UCCAAGGAAGUUACAACUCAACGCUUACUCAUGCUUACCCCCUAUCGUUUGAGAUGGGAGAUGUGCAUUCUACAGACCUGGACUCUGGGUUCUGAUGCAAAUAAGCAUUCCCACAUCGGACUGCGGGUUCCCACAUGGGUUACCUUGCGCGGUAUCCCUGGGGAAUUUAUGAAAGUCUCCAACCAGAUUGCGAGCGGGCUACGGGUUCUGCUGGGUGGUGACAAUCGCAGCGCCGUGAGCUCGGACCAGAGGUUUUGUGUGGCGAUGGAGGCCGGUGUUGAAUGGCGUACGCUUCUAUCCGUCAGUAACGAAGCAACGGGGAAGGUUGAGCAACCCCCUCCCCGACCCCAUUUUGACACAAUGGUAGAACUUACACAUCCGGCAAUCUCUCCUUCCUUUAAUCGGAGCCGAGUAGCCACAUCGAUGACCCCAGUAAGACUCAGCCCGAGAACAUCUGGCCUUGGAGAUAAUGAGGCUGACGCCAAUAUGGAGUGGUUACCUACGGAGCCCCAAGGGCCUGAAAAAGCGCUUCCGACUUGGGUUCAGUCUGAUGUACCCACUGGAUACGUGUUUGGAAGCCAUUCACCAAGCUUAGUGCCCGUUCUUCCCUCUCCUACAGUCAACAUGCUACAAUCAGGCACUGCCAGGGAGAAUCCGCUGAUCUUGUCGCCGAAUAAUGUAGCUCACAGCGAUGACUUCCGAGGGCAGGGACGUGACUGCCAUACCACAAGAUAUCCGAACAUGGGCAACUUCUGAUAACCAGAUGAUUACACUAGUAGCCGCACCGUCGGAGGGUGUAAGUGGGCAGGGCAUCAAUGUCCUUUGUAUUCAGCCCUAUACUGCCGCCGUCCGACCCAACGUAACUAACGAUGAGAAGGUUCUUCAGAGUGCCUUGCUGGUCGGAGAUAAGAUGCCUCCGCCUCCCAGUCCGCCGAUGGGCUGCUCGACCCUGGACUCAUCUCCUCCCGUGGUAGUUCAGCGGCCCACGUUUGACCUCACCUGCUGAGCGCUGCGCUCUGUGGGAGGAGCUGGUCGUCACGCUACCUCGCGAUUGCCGCUGGGUCUUGUGUGGCGACUGAAACUUCGUCACAAGACGCAUCGACAAAUCCUCAUCGAGCGGACUGCUAGUGUCGGAGCGAGAGAAGCCGAGUUUCAUAGCUCUUAUUAAUGCUUUGCAGGUCGAAGACUACUUCCCCUGAUGAGAAUGCAAUCAGGUAUUCAUGGGACAACAGGCGACAGUGUGGAGUCCGGGUAAUGGCCAGGUUGGAUAGAUUCUACACCUUCCGGCCUAAUUGGGUAGGUGACAAUCUCAUCACAGAGUACGCGAUUCGCGGCGACUAUGCGCACGCGGAUCACCUUCCGGUAGUUUGUUCGCUGCAGAUUGUGCCCCUGUCCCUUCGACCCUCUGCCUUCAAAAUGAGCGCGCGAUACCUAACCGAUGAAGUCGUGAAGAGAAGAGUGGCCCAGAUCUGGACCUCGCACCUGAGGGAUGAUUUUCUGAAGAAGCUACGCAGGGUCAUUAAAUACUACCACGGCUACAGCGUGCAGAAGGCGCAGCAGUACCGCCGUGAGGAACUAUACUGGAGGACGUGCAUGUCUCAAACCAUGGAGGACCUACAGGCUGACCCGUACGAUGUCUCCUUGCAAGAGCGGCUGGGUGCUGUGGCGAGGGGCUCCAAGAGUCGAGGCGCGGAAGGAAGAAGGGUCCCGCAUUCGUAGCCGGGUCAAAUGGAAAGUCGUCGGGGACGUCAGUUCCAAGGAAUUUUCCCUAGCGAACAAGGACCAGCGGAGGCGAGGGUACUCACGGGGCUGACGGACGCGGGUGGGACCCUGGUUUCAGACCAGGCCGGGCUCGAGGGAAUCUGCCCCAAGUUUUAUGCUGAUCUAUGCUCAGCUCCGACUGUUUCGGCAGUGGGGGCUCAAGCGCUGGAGCUUUGCCUGGAGUGUGUGAGUACCAGACUCACACCCCAGAUGAUUUCCCUGCUUCAGGCUCCCAUCACCAUGAGUGAAUUGGAUGCUGCUAUACUCGAAAUGGCCCCAGGAAAAGCCCCUGGCCCUGAUAGUGUCAAUACAGAAUUUCACAAAAAAAAAAAAAAAAAAAAAAAAAAAUUGGGAGC